AUGGCGGACGAUGGCAUGGUCCUCAACUUCGAGAUUGGGGAUGAAGCCUUCAAGCCGCAAGUCAAGUUCAAAGGCGGUCGCUGGAGGGACCGGGUGCGGGCGCAGAAGAGCGCGAAGCGGGGUCUGGACGGCGGGCCAGCUAGAGGGAACGGGACAGGCGAUGGCAGGGCCGAUGCGCAGCGACCUACAAAAAAACAAAGGCUUGGAGAGGGCGAUGACGAUGCCGACCGCCGGCAACAACAGGGAUCUGGCGCCGGCGCCAGGAGCCAGCAGCCAAGGUCUCAGCACGUUACCUCCCGCCUCUUCUCCGCGAACCCGACGGCCGUGACAAACUUUGACGAGAAACCGACCGCCGAAGAACCUACGGAACCUCCCCAGCCGUCGAAUGCGCCCCUUUCGGACGAGGCGGCGACGUUCCACGCCCUCGGG